AUGGCAUCCCCCGAUCCCUCCCCAGAAGCCCAAGAAGCUGCUCCCAAACCAUCUCCAUCACCUUGGACACCCCCCCUAACCUCCACUUCCACAGCCCUCGCCUUAAUCCCCCCUCCCCACCUCUGGCCCCCCCUCAACGCGCUCCGUUCCCUUUACGACAAGGCCUAUCACAAAUGGCCACCGCACAUCAAUCUCGUUUACCCCUUUGUCAAGCCAGAAGAUCUGGAAGAUGCGGUGGCUGUGGCUCCGUUUGGGAUCCUGGAGGGGAGGAGGAAAAGGAAUGAGGAGAGGGGGGAUAAAAUCCGGCUCAAGCUGGAUAGCGUAGGGGUUUUCGAACAUCGAAAGCACAACACCAUCUACCGCUACGAUCAAGAGCAACAACAAAGCCCCUUAUCCACCCUUCGCGAGGAUCUCCUCCGUGGCCUAGGCCACCAACCCGAAGGCGAAGGCAAAGAGUACAAACCGCACCUAACCAUCGCCCAAUCUGAAGACCGCGAGUCCUCAGCGCACAAGUUUCUGGUGGAAAAAGUGGGCUUGUUGCCCGCGGUGGAAUGGGAGGUGGAGGAGGUUUGGGUGUUGGUUAGGGACCAGAGCGAUGGCCCAGGGAAAGGGAAAAUGAAGGUUUGGGGGAAGAUUCGGUUGGGAGAAGAGUUGGGGGGUGAGGUUUAUGGGAAUCCGGUUGAGUGGGAGAAGGUGUUUGAGGUGGAGACGGGGUGGAAGGGGGAUGGGGAUGGACAGGGUGAGGUGCAAGAGGCGUGGAGGUUUGAGGAGGGGAGGGGGUUUUGGGUGAGGGGUGAUGGUGGGGAGAAGAAGAAGGGGGAAGAGGAACAGGAGGAAGAAGAGAAAGAGGCAACGACGCCAGAGCUACUAAGCAUAGCAUCUUGGAACGUCCUCGCUGAUUUCGAGCACUCUUCUUCUUCCACCUCCACCAUCGAACAAGAAGCUCGAUACCGCCUCAUCCUCCGCAACCUCCUAUCUCCCGACGCCAAAGCAGAUGUUCUUCUCCUCCAAGAAGUUACCGACUCUUUCCUUUCCUUCCUCCUUUCCCCUCCUUCCUCCUCAUCCACUUCCUCUCCCAUCUCCUCCGAUAUCGAGGCUCUCCGCCGCUUCUACCCCUACGUUUCCCACCCCCCUCCCUCUCAACCUGACGCAUCUCCCCUCCCUAACUUUCUCAACCAAGUCAUCUUGUCCAAACACCCCUUCUCUUGGUCUUGGCUCCCUUUUGCUAGGAAACACAAGGGGUCUGUCAUUGCCCAGUUCCCUACCAUUCAUGGAAACAACCCCGACCAAUCUCUCGUGCUGGCAGCGGUGCAUCUGAGUCAUGGAUUGACGGACAUGACCGUAGCUGCCAAGAAGGGAGAGAUGCAGCGGGUUAUUGGGCAUUUGAAGGAGAAGUAUCCGCGUAAUCCGUGGGUGGUGGCUGGGGAUUUUAAUCUUACCAGCUCUUCCUGGACGGUGGAACAGGCGGUCAAACAGGGGAAGGUGUCAAAGGAGACGGUGGUGACACUGAAUAGUAUCGAGAGGAUGUGGAGGGAGGAGGAGGGACUUGGGGUGGAAGAUGCUUGGGUGGUGGGUAGGGCUGCUUUGGGCGAGGGACUGGUUCAAGAAGAAGAGGAGGUCAUGAACAUCGACGACGACAUGGACGAAGGCGAAGAGGGGGGUAAUAGGUUGUUUGCCGGCGAGCAGGGAUCUACCUACGAUCCGAUUAGAAAUGAUGUCGCUGCCAAAGUGGUGGGUAGUGGAGGGAACAUGCGGCCGCAGAGAUAUGAUCGGAUUCUGGUCAGGGGACAACAAGUGUUGAGGAUCGGGAGGUUUAAUCGGUUUGGGUUUGUCAGGGCUGAUCAGGAAAAGGGAGAGGGGUAUGAGAUGGGGCAGUAUGCGAGUGAUCAUUGGGGGGUGAGGUGUCUUUUGAAGGUUGUUCAGCAGGAUGCUACUGAUCAGACUGAGAAGACGGCCGAGGCAAAGAGCGGUGCUGCUACGUUGGAGACGUCUAUCAAGCUGGUUAAACCACCCGCCGGUCCUCUCUCCGAGCCAGGAUCACUGAAAGAAGCCAUGGCCGAGCUCAACAUCUUUCCUUCACAGGGAGAGACAGCCAAACGCAAAGCAGCCUUCCAAGCCCUCAAGGCCAUCCUCCUCGACACUCCUCCUCCCAACCAAUCUCCCCAUCACCCUUCCACCGACUCUUCUUCGGAACCUCAACGUCCCCCAACCCAGCCUCCCCUCAUCAUAACUCCCGUCGGCUCCUUCGCUCUCGGCGUCCACACCUCCUCUUCGGACAUCGACGUCCUAGCCAUCGGCCCCUUCUCCACCUCCACCUUCUUCUCCCUCGCCAUCCAACGUCUCCGGCGCGCCUCGUCCUCUCCCUCCUAUUCCCAACACCAACCCAGAAUCCUCCGCCGCAUCAACUCCUCCACCGGCACCAUGCUCGAGCUCUCCUUCUCUUCCAUCAAAUUCGACCUCCAAUACUGUCCAGCAGCACACAUCGCUUCCCACUGGCCUCGCAUUCUGUCUACAGCCCCGCCUGGAAACGCCGUCUGGUCUUUGCCAGCGCUGACGCUGACGAAACUUAAGGCGGCCAGGGAUCUGGAUUAUCUAAAGCGAACGGUGCCCGAUUUAGCGGUGUUUAGACAAGCGCAUAGGGCGGUGAGGAGCUGGGCUAAAGGAAGGGGGGUGUAUGCUCAGCGGUUUGGGUAUUUGGGGGGGAUACAGAUCUCUGUGAUGUUGGCGAGGGUCUAUAAGGGUCUUGCGUUAAGGGGUGGGGUCAGUGGUGUUGGGGUGGAGGAGUUGAUGGUCAGUUUCUUUGAGGAGUAUGCUCAGUUUGACUGGGAGAAGGAUAUGGUCUACGAUGAGGUUUGUCCUUGGUUCAGGCAGAAACGGGAAAAGGGAGGGGAGAAGGAGGUGUAUAGACGGACGGGGAGGGAGGCGAUGGUUGUGCUGGGGUGGUUUGGGCCGGGACUGAAUACGAGCGGGCAGGCGAGUGUUUGGAGUGUUAGGACGUUGAAGGAGGAGUUUAAGAGGGCGAGGGAUAUGUUGGUGAAGGGAGAGGUGAAGAGCUGGAAGGAGUUUCUGGAGGGAAGCGGUGCGGAGGGGUUCUUGACGGGGUAUAAGAGCUAUGUCAAGGUUGAUGUGCAGUAUUGGGGACUGUCGCCGUCGAAGGGAGCGCAGUUUGUGGGCUGGUUGGAGAGUCGGUGCGUGAUGCUGCUUGUUGAUCUUCACAGGAGAGCACCGGGGGUGUAUGUGAGGAUGUGGCCUGCUCGGUUCGUCGAGGCCGACACUGCCUCUCAACAAGCCGAAACCGACGAGCAGACAGCCACCGAAGGAACCGGACCCCGCGACUACCAAGCUUCCUACCUCCUCGGCCUGGACGCCGACACUAACACCAGCAAAGAAGAUCUCAAACUUGCCCUCGGCGCCAUCCAAACCGCCCUUCAACGAUUCGAGGAGGCCAUCCGUUCAGACGACAAGUACUUUGACGCCUCGAACAGCUGGAUGAGCGCCAGCGUAGUCAAGCGCUCCGAACUGGGUAACCUCCAACUCGACACUCGCAACGACUGGGUAGACGAGUACACACCCGGCGAAGACGAGUCUGAUUCAGACGCCGAGGAUGACGAGGAGGAAGAAGCUUCCCUGCUUGAGGACCUCGAUGAAGCUGUGUCUAAGAAGAAGAAAGGCAAGAACAAGAAAACAACAGAAGAGCAGCAGCAGCCAAGACUAGAGCCAGGGCCAAAACUCCGCUCGGCAGCAGACGUGAUGAACAGACUCCGCUGGGACUCGGCCAUCGAUAGUUCGGAUUACGUGGUGGGCUACGAGGAUCGAUUUUUGGGAGUGAAGGAGAGGGCACUGGAUAUGUGGAAGACGGAGCAGACGGAUGAGGAGUUUAUCCCACAGCAUCGGAUUGUGUAUUUCAAGCGGAGGAGUGAUGGACAGGUGGUGUGGGAUCGGAAGAUGAAGAAGGAUGAGAUUUUUGGGAGUGGGUUGUAG